CAUCAUAAACCUAAUACAUCAUACAACACAGGUUGGACGGAAAUCAACAAAGUCGAACGCAACAAUGAUGCGAAUAAGAAUUAUCGCCUUUGCGUUGUUUUUAACCAAUAUUACUAUGUUGGCAGGUACAUCGACACAUUUCUUGGACAUCGAAGAACUAAAAAGCAUUCAUUACGAUAUAGAUAUCCUCGAAAAGCCUGUUUUAUAUGGACGACCACUCCAUACCUCUGUAGUUUACUUGAGUUCUAAGUUUGGACAGCGAUAUGAAUGCCAGCUCCCUGAUGUUGCUGAUGUUGGGAAAGUUCAGGAUGAAGAGAAGACUGCUGCUGAAACUGGAAUCUCAUAUCUUCUCAAACCAAUGGAACUUGCUCCAUGCUUGCUCAAGAGCAAAGAUUGGUGGACCUAUGAGUUCUGCUAUGGGAAGCAUGUUCGACAGUUUCACCUAGAGAACAACCAAAUCUCAGGGGAAGUCAUCACUAUUGGUGUCUUUGAGUCAGAAAUGGACUGGGAAAACAAAAGUCAUUCUGCUGCCAAAAGACAUCGUUUGAAUCGCUACCACAGUCACCGCUAUGUCAACGGCUCAAACUGUGACUUGACUGGCAAGCCCAGAGAAGUGGAAGUCAGGUUCUUGUGUGCUGAGAACGAGCUUGAUACCAUGUCACGGAUUGAUGAGCCUGAGUCUUGUCGCUAUGUGAUCACGGUGCAUACAAUGAGGAUAUGUCAUCAUCCAUACCUCAAACUACCCGCCAAGGCUAAGCCAAAGACGAUUCUCUGCUACCCCCUCCUCAUGCCUGUACAAUAUGACCACUAUAUGCACCAACAGACAAAACAUAGAUAUUCCAAAGAAGCACAAGAAGGAGACAGUGCUGAGGGAGAGGAAGGAGACGGAGAAGAAGGCACCACUCAGGAUCCAGAUGACUAUGAUUAUGAAGACAGUGAUGAUCUAGAGCUACUUGAGGAGCAUCAUCUACAUGGAGACAUGUCUACUCCAGGACCAGACAAGGACAUUACAGGAAAAGGAGACCCUACUGAGAUGGAUGUGCACCCUGAUGAGCUCGCUGAAUUACUUACAGAGGUUUUGAAAGGAGUACAAGGAACAAUAGGGAAAAUCAACUCUCGGCUUGAAGAUGCAGACCCAAAGAUGAUGGAGGGCAGAACCAACAAAGAUGGAGAGGAAGAGAUGGAGGACUAUGAUGAUUAUGAAGAUGAAGAUGAAGAUGAGGAGUAUAUGGAGCUCCUCAAGAUGGACUAUAAGGAAUUGACCAAGUACAUCCAGGAGCUACCAACAACAGAUCAAGAAGAAGCCACAGAACUGGCCAAGCUGGCGCAGGAGAUCGCAGACUCCUUUGAGAAUAUUGAGGCGAUGGAGAGGGUGUUAGAACAAAUUGAGGAAGAUGUAUCUGAUCUAUCACCAGCCCUGGAUGAUCCAAUGCAGCCAGGAGACACACCCUCAGGUGAUCCCUCAGCUGAUCCCUUGGGUGAUCCUUCCGAUGGUCCCUCGGAUGAUCCCUCUGAUGGUCCCUCGGGUGAUCCCUCCAAUGGUCCCUCGGGUGAUCCCUCAGAUGGUCCGGUCACAGUCUUGGAAACAAACAUGAAGGAUGGCAUGACAGGAGAAGAUCAGAUAAAGGAUGAUGUUGUUGGAGAAGAUUCGAUGAAGGAUGAGGAGGAGGAUGAGGAUGAGAAGGAGGAGGAGAGACUGGAAGAGCAGAAGAAAGAUCUUGAGGAUCAUUUGGCCGUUACAUUGAAAAAGCUUAUGAGGCAGUUGAAGGAACAGGCUAAUUUUAAAGGAGAGGCAGCAUCCUCCUCGGAGAGUGCAACUCCUUCUGAGUCAAGUGAUCUCAGCAGUAGGGUCAGAGUUCGGGUCACCAGGGUCAAAUUGGACAAGAAUCAGAAGGCAUCGUCAGAGCAGGAGGUGAAGUUCCUAGAUACUGAUCAUCAAGAUCUUGAACAAGCUAUAUCAGAACAAUUAGAGAAGUCAGGAGUUAAUAGAGAAGAUGCUGGUCAGCUUGAAGUAAGAAUCCUGAGUUACGUACCGGAGGAUUGGCCAGAUCAAGGGAUGGAGGAUGAAGGGUUCGCUGUACUGAGUGAGGAGGAUAGCAGCUACUUCAGGAAUAUGAUCUUUGGUCUCGUGAUGAAAGAUGAUGGAGAGGUACAGUCUCGACAAGACAGACUCCAAAAGAAUUAUGGAUUCCAGUGGAAUGCAGACUCAGACGUGGACCAGACAAAAGUAUCAGAUCAGGACCUAGAACAAGAAGAGGUCCAGAUUCUCAUUCCAAGAAUCGGAACAAAAGACUCUGCCCAAGGACAAGGUACAUCAGACCCUGAAAGUUAAGCUUCCAAAACUUAAGAUAUUUGAAUCUUUCAGCUAUAAAACUUAACUCAGAUUUAUGUCUUUACUGAUACUUUAAUGAAAACUAUUAAAUGUCUUUGGGUUACUUGCUUGAAUUCGUCAAUGUUGUAAGCUGAGAAACAAUUUUUGUCUGUUGGAUAUUCAUGAUUGUGCAGUCUUAAUCCAAGAUAUUUAUCAGGAAACUGAUAGAUACAGGAAUCAUUUGCGCAGGUUUGCAUUUGAGUU